UUCUGAAAGAAAGUUGUGUGUGAUUUAGGCUCGCAUCAUAAAAUAUAAAACGGCAUUAAACAAUUGGCUUUAAAUAUCCAGUUAAUAAGAGAAUCAAUCUUCUUGCACGGCUUAAUGCCAGUGAACAAUUUGUGUGCAACUAUCAAUUGAAUAAAAAGCUGAAAAUCGAAAAUAAAUGCCACGAAAAACGCGACCCUAAUUCAAACCAAAACCAGUUUUCAUUCCGAAGCGAAUUUCUCAACUUCGCCGUCUCAAAUACAUCUCAUACGUCAGCAAGUGCAGUCGCGUUCACCAAUAGUUAAGAAAAACUACAAAUCAAUUUUUAAAAAACUGCAAAUAGUUAUAAUUUUCGUUCAAAUAACAAGCUUGCUCUUAAACCAAAAACUAUAGUUAUGGGUGCUGUGCCGAAAAACGUACUCAAAAAUUCAUAUGAAAGUGCUGAGAACAAAGACCAAAAAGGGUGCUCCGCUGGCAUAAGCAGCGCAGUCUCUGCUGCAGCUGAAAAAACUUGAUUGUGUUAGUGUGCGUUUGUAUGCGUGUGACAAAGGAGCAGCGCAGCCAGCGUCAAAUUUUCUCUACAUGGGACUGCACUUCUACGAAUGCAAUUUGAGUGUACAAAGAAAACGAGUCUGUUCGCUGGAAAAGCGACAAAUGAAGGUUGUGGCUCGUUCGUAACUUACUUUGACAAUGGCGUCCAACAAAUUGGGAACUGUGUUCAAUAAACUCGGACAGCAAUUGAUAACACUCGAGACGGAGGCCGACCUGCGAGUUGAUUGGGCAUUGGGCAUUGCCUGGCAGGAUUUGCACCCAAAUAUCAAACCGCCUACGCCUGCGAAGGUAAGAAACUCACCAUUGAAUGCGAACCAGGCGACCUAAUCAAUUUGAUACGGGCCAACUACGGUCGCUUCUCAAUUACUAUCUGCAAUGAUCACGGCAAUGUGGAGUGGAGCGUCAAUUGCAUGUUUCCCAAGAGCCUCACAGUGCUAAACUCAAAAUGUUCUCACAAGCAAAGCUGCAGUGUUUUGGCGGCCACCAGCAUGUUUGGUGAUCCCUGUCCAGGCACACACAAAUAUUUGGAAGCACACUAUCAAUGCAUCUCGGCGGCACAGACAUCAACGACUACCAAUAGGCCUAGCCCACCGCCUUGGGUACUCAGCAAUGGGCCGCCAAUAUUCGGCAAUGGUAGCGGUCUUAUACAGGCACCACCACCACCGCCGCCGCGUCUACCCAGCCUGCCAGGUGUGGUGGGCAUUCAUGGCAUCAAUGCAGUGCCGCCCACGCACUCUACGCCCAGCAGUAGCACGGCGACGCUGCCUGGUGGAAGACUCAAAGGCGUUACCAGUGCUACGACCAAGCACCCGGGUGGUCGACAUGAUGGAUUGCCGCCACCACCUCAAUUGCAUCAUCAUCAUCACCACACGGACGAGACCGUACCCACCAAGUCCAGCAGCAGCGGUAGCACUGGCAAUGUUACGUCUCCAUCCAACACACGCAUUUUAACGGGCGUGGGUGGUGCCGGUAGCGACGAUGGCACACUGCUCACUACCAAAAGUUCCCCUAAUCGCACACCAGGCACUGUGGCCAGUACUACAAAUAGCAGCUUAAGUAUUGGUGGGACUGGAGCAGGCGGUGUGGUGCGCACUAUAAACAAUAUUAAUUUGAAUGCGGCUGGUAUGGGCACAGAUGAUGAGUCUAAAUUGUUUUGCGGUCCGACGCAUGCCCGCAAUCUUUUCUGGAACAUGACUCGCGUAGGCGAUGUCAAUGUACAGCCAUGUCCAGGCGGUGCAGCCGGCAUUGCGAAAUGGCGCUGUGUCUUGAUGAAGCGUCUACCGGAUGCGGGCUACGAUGAAUAUGACGAUGAUUUGCCAGUUGCCAGCAGCACAACUCCAAUACCGCCCAGCUCUGCAGGUGAUUGCUUGCACAACAGCAGCAGCUGUGAGCCGCCAGUUAGCAUGGCACAUAAGGUCAACCAAAACCAGCGUCUCCGUAACUUUGAACCCACGUGGCAUCCUUUAACGCCGGAUUUGACGCAGUGUCGCAGUCUUUGGCUGAAUAGCCUCGAAAUGCGUGUUAACCAACGCGAUUCUUCAUUAAUUUCGAUUGCCAACGAUCUAUCCGAGGUAACCAGCAGUAAGACGCUGUAUGGUGGCGAUAUGCUCGUCACUACGAAGAUCAUACAAACCAUGUCUGAGAAGAUGCUUCACGAUAAAGAAACGUUUCCCGAUCAGCGGCAGCGUGAAGCUAUUAUUAUGGAGCUGCUGCACGGCGUUGUCAAAACUGGUUCCAAUUUACUUGACGAAUCGCAACUAUCUUCUUGGUUGGAUCUCAAUCCAGAGGAUCAGAUGCGCGUUGCCACCUCCUUGCUAACUGGUCUUGAGUACAACGCUUUUCUGCUAGCCGAUACCAUAAUCAGGGAGCGCAAUGUAGUGCAGAAGGUCAAAAAUAUAUUGCUCUCUGUCCGCGUUUUGGAAACAAAAACAAUUCACGGCAGUGUCGUAUUUCCCGACUCUGAUCAAUGGCCGCUUAGCUCCGAUCGCAUUGAAUUGCCUCGCUCAGCACUAAUCGAGAACAGCGAGGGCGGCCUGGUGCGCAUUGUGUUUGCGGCCUUUGAUCGCCUGGAAUCCAUAUUGAAGCCAAGCUAUGAUCACUUCGAUUUAAAGAGUGCACGCAGCUAUGUGCGAAACACAGCUAUAUUAUCCAACGAUAGCGAUGCCGCCACUGGAGAUAUGCAGCAGCGUAUUCGUAUACUCAACAGUAAGGUAAUCUCAGCCAGUUUGGGCAAGGGACGCCACAUUCAGCUGUCGCACCCGAUAACACUAGUGCUAAAGCACUUGAAAACGGAAAAUGUCAGCAAUCCCACCUGCGUUUUUUGGAACUACAUUGACCACGCUUGGUCCGUCAAUGGCUGCAGUCUCGAGUCUACGAAUCGCACGCACAGCGUCUGCAGCUGCAAUCAUUUGACCAACUUUGCAAUACUUAUGGAUGUCGUCGAUGAGCAUCAGCACUCGCUAUUCACCAUGUUUGACGGAAAUAUGCGUAUAUUUAUCUACAUCAGCGUCGCUAUUUGUGUUGUUUUCAUCAUAAUAGCGCUGCUCACACUGAAGCUCUUUAAUGGCGUCUUCGUCAAGUCUGCACGCACCUCGAUAUAUAGCAGCAUUUACAUUUGCCUGCUGGCCAUUGAGCUGCUCUUUCUGCUGGGAAUUGAACAGACCGAAACAAGCAUUUUUUGUGGGUUCAUAACUAUCUUUCUGCACUGUGCCAUACUCUCGGGCACCGCCUGGUUUUGCUACGAAGCCUUCCAUUCGUACUCCACGCUCACAUCUGAUGAGCUGCUCCUGGAAGUGGAUCAAACGCCAAAGGUUAACUGCUAUUAUCUGUGGUCAUAUGGCCUCUCACUAACUGUCGUGGCCAUUUCCCUGGCAAUCAAUCCGAGCACCUACACGCAAAAUGAUUACUGUGUCCUUAUGGAAGCCAAUGCGCUCUUCUAUGCAACAUUUGUGGCACCCAUUUUGAUAUUUUUUGUGGCGGCCAUUGGCUACACAUUUUUGUCGUGGAUCAUCAUGCGUCGCAAAAGUCGUACUACAUUGAAGACAAAGGAGCACACGCGUCUAGCCAACGUGCGCUUCGACAUACGCUGCUCGUUUGUGUUUCUGUUGCUCCUGAGCGCUGUUUGGUGCUGCGCCUAUUUUUAUUUGCGUGGCGCCAAACUGGACGAGGAAGUGGCCACCGUCUAUGGCUACUGCUUUAUCUGUUUCAACACGAUGUUAGGCCUCUACAUAUUUGUGUUUCAUUGCAUACAAAACGAGAAGAUACGGCGCGAGUAUCGCAAGUAUGUGCGCCAACACGCCUGGCUGCCUAAGUGCCUGCGUUGCUCAAAAACAUCCAUUUCCUCUGGCGUUGUCGCUGGUAAUGGCGGGCCAGGCGUUGGAAACGUCGCCAACAACUCCGCUGGUACACUUUCCAAGUCAAAGUCAAAAUUGCCGCUGAGCGCAACCGACGAAGCUCGAGCUGUGGAACAACAGCAGCAGCAGAAAGAUGUGCCAGCCGCCGACGAUGCAAUCAUCAUGGGCGCCGGCUCCGACAGCGAGCUAAAUGAAGCCCAGCAGCGACGCACGCUCAAAAGUGGGCUUUUAACAGGCAGUUUACAGCCAACGCCAGUUGGUGCGGUAGUGCUCGAGCGAGGAACAUUGCGCUCUACUGGCAUGGCUAGCGUGGGACAUGCAUCACCCACAAGCUCUGCUGGUUCGACGCAUCUUAUAUUUGCACAUAAACAGCAACAACAGCUCCAACAGCCGGGCGAGGCCUACUAUCAUCAGCCAGACUACUACAGCUGGAAGCAUCCGCAGGCAGGUCAGCGAGAAUACUACAACAAUACUGGAGUCACUGCUAAUGCAGGAAUUGGAGGCGCCUCACCAUCACAGGCGCAUGAGGUAUUUUACUGGACGCAAAAACACAACAACCAACACGGCAAAAAGAAGCGCGGAGGAAAUGCCGGCGCUGUGCCCGCCUCGCCUAGCGGCUCUCUCCACAGCCGUGUUACGGCCGCCUCCCAGGUGUUAUUUUACCCAUCGUACAAGAAAACCAGCGGCUUGAAACAACCACCAGCAACUCAAGCUUAUCCACACUAUGCCGAGGCACUGGACCCACCCAAUGCAGCUUACUACCAGCAACAGCUACAGCAGCAGCAGUUGCGUCAGCAACGUCAGCAGCAACAGCAACAGCUAUCCUCGGAUGAAGAGCAGGCGGAACAGCAUGCACACCUAUUGCACUUGCAGCAUCAGCAGCGACGUGCCGGUGGACCACAACUGCCAGCGCCUCCGCCACACAUGGCGCAGUACCAACAGGAGUUGUUAGCGCAACAGCAGCGCCAACAGUAUAGAAAUAAGCAUUCCAACUGUGAUCUUAGCCAGGGGAUGGGCUUAGGAAAAGGCAUGGGCAUGGUACUCGGCGAUGCCUAUUACAAUCAAGGCGGGAGCAGCAAUGGUGGCGGUGAUGGUGGGCCAGUUUAUGAAGAGAUUCUGAGUAACCGAAAUUCAGAUGGGCAACACUAUGAAGUUGGUGACUUUGACGUGGAUGAAGUGUAUAACAACAGUGUUGGUACGGGCGUCUUUAACAGUAUGCGCGCCGCGGUAGCUGCCGGAGGCAAUCGCUAUUGUGGUGGUAGUCUUAGCGGAGGAAGCGUUACCUCUAGAAAUCAACAGCAGCAACAAAAACAGAAGCAGCCGCCACGACGUUGUGUAGCGGAUGAUGAUGACGAUGAUGAUGAUGAUGAGUAUGAUGACGAGGUGACGGCAGCGGAACAGCUGCACGACAGCGUCUGUGAUGAUGAAGAUAAUGAUAGCGAUAUUGAUGACGAUACUCACGGAUUGCCGCCUCAAAGUGAUGAGCGCAUGCGUCGUCUAAUGGCGCUUCAGGACGAGGAUUUUAAGCGGCGGUUUCAACGCCAGCAGCGAAAAAAUGGCUUACCCUUGGAUUAUGGGGCGUCGGCCCAAACAGCAUCAAUAAACCAUCCAGAACACAAUGGAGCGGUUUUUGGGGUUAGCGGCGGCGUUGGUGAGGGCUCCAUGCGUGGCGCAUACCGGCAACAACAGCAACAGAAUGCCAAGUCACCGAGCGCACGUUUGGCGGUAAACGAGCUAUUUGGCCAUGGUAAUGCAGGACCGCCGCUGCCACCGGCCAAUCAGACGCCCGCACAAAAGCGUCAGCAGCUACAAAAAUUAUCACCGCAGUCCACAACAUCUUCGUCGUCGCACACAUCACACAGCAACCCGCAACAUGCUCCUGCACACCAUAUCCAGCAUCAACAACACCACCAGCAACAGCAGCAGGCGCGUCAUUUAUCGGCUAUGCUGGAUGAGAAUAAUACUGUGCGCUGCUACCUGGAGCCAUUGGCCAAGUAAACAGCAAGAGUAUCAGUAGCCGACAGCAGCCCUCCACACAUUGCAUGGCAGGCAGCUGAUCGUUGUCUUAGGCAAAAAUUGUAGCUUAGGUUUAGCUAUACCUCUAGUAUUAGUCAUUAGUCGAAAUAUGGAGCAUUGUGUGAAACAACAUGCUGUCAUGUCAUGCUAUACGUGCAGUGAUUCGAGAAUCCCAAAACUUUAUAUGUAUAUGUAACUCAAUUAGACCAUAGGCUAAACAACCAACCAACCAACCAACCAAUGCGGAGCAAAACAAAUUCAAUAUGAAAAUUAAAUGGAUAUUGUUGUCGCUCACAAUUUAUACAACUCGAUAUAUAAAUGUAUGUACUGUAUGUAUAUGUAUAAUGUAAUAUGUAAUGUAUAAUGUAUGUGAAGCGCAUACAUGUCACCCACAUGCCAUUUUUAAGUAGGUUACCAAUUACUAUACCAUAUGUGUAUAUGUGUAUAAGAUCUGAGAACUAUAUGUAAAUGAUAUUUAGGGCGAGCAUAUUAUGUAUUUUAUGUAAUUUAUAGGGCGUAUAUUGUUUAUUUCUUUUUUUCGCUAAUUAAUAACUUAGGAAAACAAUAAUUUUUGCUUAAGAUUUGUUUCAAAUUUAUAAACCAACUGAGAAAAUCGAAAAACGAAAAUGGGAAAUCGUUUUUUCGCAACGUGCUGUAAAUUAAGCUUAGAUGCACUAACGUUCAUUUCCCACGCUGACCCUAAAUGUGAAACAAAUCUUAUGCGCAUGGUUUUUAUUUAUUUCUAAUUCGAUUUGUAUGCCAUUUGUUAUUGCAUUUCUUUUAAACUUAUUUUAAGAGAUCCAGCAAAGCAUUUCAAGUGUACAUUUUCAUCAAUAUGCUUUAAGCACAAAUAUAGGGCAUUUAUUUUGUACCAUUCUUUUCUUUUUUUUUUUUAAUAAAAAGAAUUAGUAGAGCGCUUUACUAUAUGUACGAGACAAGAAAUGUUAUUGAUAUUUAAAUGUCUUUAGAAUUAGCAUUACAAGCAUGCUAAGUACAUAACUCCACAGUCGGAGGAAACCCGAAACAGUAAAAUAUACCUACUUAUAUAGUAAAGAAAGAUUUCAACCAAACCUCACUUGUUAACUAGGAACUAACUGUAAAACUCUUUAAACUAGCUAACACAAACUGAACUAUAAAGAGACACCUUUGUUUCCCUAAACGGCUCUAGAGAAUUUCCGCGCAUGUGUACAAAAACCAAAUAAAGACAAAAGCAAAGUGCAAAAUAUAAUAUUACCAAAUAUUUCGUAACACGCGAAAUACGCGUUAACUAAAUAUAUACUGCCUGCACAGCUCUCCUUCACCCAAGCAUGAAACACAAAUUACCAUUAAUAUAAAAAUCAAGCCUACUUCAAAUGCCAGUUAGAAUGCAACAAAUAAGAGAUCACAACUUAUUAUGAUGAGCACAAAUAGACAACAAAUUACUUCUAAAGCACAAAGAUGCUUCUAAAUUUUAUAUACAAAAAAAAAAAACAAAAACAUAUGUUUACUAACAGCAUUAAAUUUAAAUAGGUAUAAAUGGAUUGCAAAAUGGCAACAGGCAGUGAAGUGGUAUUGAUGCAGUUGGGCAAAGCAGCUGGUAAAGCAGAAUAAAGAGAAACUAAAUGAAUCUAUAAUAAAAACAGAAAUAUUGAAUGUAUAGUGUUGCGCCUCCUAGUACUUUAAAUAUAUUGAUCAAGAAUAUAUAUCUGAUAUGAGUAUAUAUGUAAAUGGAUAUUUAUGAUUAUAAUGCAAAGCAAAUGCCGAUAUCUA